AUGGAUAAUGAAAUAUCUGCAAAUAAUUCUAAUUCAUUAUUGAAAGGAAAUCUAAGAAAAGCUAUUAAUGCUUUAAAAAAUGAUGAUUUGAAAACUUUCAUCAAUUAUACAAAAUCAUUUAACUUUAAAUCAACAUUUGAUUAUGCAACAAAUGAAGAUAAGCUGGUACAUCAAACUGGUGCAAUUUUGAUCCCCAUAUUAUCAGCUGCAACUAUACUCCAUGUAGCUGCCUGGUAUUCAGCUCACCAAAUUAUAGAACAUAUCUUGCAAAAUGAUGGAGCCUUCUUAAUUGACGCGAAAACAAUAGAAGGUUUUACUCCGUUGCAUAUAUCUGCUGGAGUAGGUGAUUUUGUGGCCGUUGAAAUAUUGUGUAAAGCUGGAGCUAAUCUUGAACUUACAGACACGCGUGGAAGAAAUGCACUACAUCAUGGUGUGGUGAGUGAUCCUCAGACGGCUGCUGUUCUCUGCUGGCUUAAUAAAGAGCUUGUCAUUGUAGCAGAUUCUAAAUAUCAGACUCCUGUACAUUAUGCAAUGGACCCAACACGUUCAGCGUCCUAUGAAUUCUUAUCCGUACUGUAUACAACAAUUAUGAAUAAAAAUGAUGAUGAGUCUGUCAGUAAUGAGGAUACUAUUGGGAAUGAUAAAAACUCCAGCAUAACAUGGAUCCCAUUGAAUAUUAAAAUCCCUGUCUGUGUAAAUCCAUCAAGAAACUCCGCUUAUCCUGAUUUGUGUAUUUGCAAUUCCCCUAUGAAUGAACAUGGAGUUCUAUCUAAAAAUCCUCAAUUCGUUGAAUCAAUUAAGCGUCGUAAGACACAGUAUUAUGAACUACCGACAAAUACAUAUGGUGGUAUUGAAGUGUUCAAUACUGCGUAUACACCUAAUUUUGUCAGGCUUAUAUUAAGCUUUUAUGGAGAUUAUACUGAUUCACCACGUAUUCGUGAAAGAAUUCGUCGAUUAAUUUGGAAAGUCAGUGAAUCUACAAAGACAUGGAUCAUCACUGAUGGAAUCAAAAGUAGCUUAUCAGCUGUAGCUAGUGGGGCAGUUAAAGAUUUUAUUCAAGCUUAUGGUGAAGGUCAAGUUGAAGCUGUUGGAAUAGUGCCAUGGAAGUUUAUCGCUAAUAAUAAUGUUUUUACUUCUGAAUCUUAUUCAGGAUGUUUUCCAGCAUCAUUCUCUUCGGAUGCAAAAGAAACUAACAAUCACUUCCUUCUAGAUAGCAAUCUUACCCAGUAUAUCUUUGUGGACACAGCUAAACAGCCUACACAACACUAUGAAUAUAAUUACAGGACAAAAAUAGAGUUGGCCCUCAAAAAAUGGCAAGUGUCUUUAGAUGAUUCUAUGCAAAUCAUAGCUGACGCUCCAAUUCAGAUUUGUGCAUUUCUUUCUGGUGGGGAUGAAUCUACUCUAAAAGCAAUUUAUGGAACAAUGCAAAAUACAGUUCCUGUUGUACUUCUACAAGAUACUGGAAAAUUGGCAGAUAUUAUAAUUCAGUGCAUUGAAGACACUGAACUCGGUUCCAAGGCUACAUAUAAAAAGGCCAUAAGUGAAGGAUCAUCUGCAACGGAAGCUUUUCAGUUGUCACCGGCUAACAUCAAACAAACUAUGGAGUAUUAUUGGGAUCAAGUUAAACAUCCAGAAUUGUCUGUACUUAUGGUACAAGAAAUUUUGAAUAAAACAUAUCUGUUCAGCAUUUGUGAAGCAGAAAAUGAUGAUGAACAAGGAGAACUGGACUAUCAUCUUUUAUCUUUACUAAUGAAUCCCGCUAUUAUGGAGAAUUACAAACCGGAUGAAUUAAAUGAGACUUUACUUUCUAUUGCUAUUGCUAUGAAUCGGAGUGAUAUUGCCAGAGAUAAAGUCUUUAUUGAAGGUGCUAAAUGGGAUGAUUCAAAGUUAGGGAAACACAUGAACGCAUUGUUACUGACGAAUAAAGUACAAUUAAUUGGUGUUUUUAUUGAGAAAGGAUUUUCAUUAACAAAUUAUUUAACCAUAGAAAUUCUUCAACUGUUGUAUACACAAUCAAUACAUACAGAAAAUCCAGGCGAAACUCUGAUCAAUGUAAUCCGUGGAUUUGUCAAGAUUCCGGAAAAGAUAAGUCUGUACUUGAUUGGCCGCGCUCUUCGUGAACUGAUUGGUCGACAGUUCGAUCCAACUUAUAUGGCACCACACUUUUUCGUGAUAACUAGUGCAGCUCCAAAAGCCCAAAUAUUUGAAAAUCCUGCAACUGAUUUAUUUAUAUGGGCUCUAUUAACUGAACGUGCUGAAUUAGCUGAUUACUUUUGGACACAAGUUCAAGAUCCACUUCCAGCAGCAUUAUUUGGUGCAUUAAUACUCCGUCGUUUAGCUAUGAAUGCAACAUCUUUAGUGACUAGAGAAGCCAUGUUUGAAUAUUCACGAAGUUUUGAAUCGAAGGCGUACUGUUUACUCACUGAAUGCUAUAAUGACAAUCAAGGUCUUUCAUUUAAAACAAUUGUUCUAGAAAGAAAGUUAUUUGGACGUAUGUCAUGUCUUAUGUUGGCCGCUGAAGGGAAAUCAAUGAGUUUUAUAUCUCAUCAAUGCUCUGAACAAUAUCUUGAACGUGUAUGGAAUGGAAUUAUCGAUCCUCGAUCAGGAAUCUUUCCAUUUUUUGUAGCGCUGAUCAUCGGUAUAAUUCUGCCACCAUUAGUACCUUUAUCACUGAAAUUUCGAUCAACAGGCAAUCUUCUUAAUGAAGCUGAACGUGAAAAAAAACACAGAAAGUCACAGGACAAAAAAAUGUCUAUGGAUACUAAAAGACAACAUGAAACCUCACAAAGUGCCAAAGGCUCAUUUUCUGCCUACUUCCAAAAACUUCGAGGAUUUUAUGAAUCACCAUGUGUGCGCUUUUCAUAUACAACGAUAUCCUACAUUGCAUUUCUAUGCUUUUUCACAUAUGUUUUACUAUUCUCUGUUGAUCUACUACUGCCUUUUUUGUCGUUCCCAAAUACUCUUUUAUAUUUGUGGGUAAUUUCAUUUGUUGCUGAACAUAUACGUCAGGGAAUGUUGGGAGAUAUUCCAUUCAAAGUCUAUUUAGCGAAAUUAUGGAAGUGUCUUGAAGUGAUGGCUAUAGUUGUAUUUUUUCUUGGUUGUGCACUGCAACUGUUAGUAUGGACAGAAGAAACAGAAAGAAUGUCAUUUACACCAGUGAAUCCAGUUGGUGCAAUUCAAGAAGCUUUAAAUCAACUAUCAAGAAUAUUUUUUGGACUUUCUUUAUGUAUAUUUUAUCAUCGUAUCUUAGAAUUAUUUACAGUUAAUAUCCGUUUGGGUCCUAUGGUUAUUAUGGUUCAAUCUAUGAUUGUUCGUGAUUUAAUACCAUUUUUGGCUUUAUUCACUGUUGUGAUUACUGGAUUUGCAAUAUUACAAUGGGUGACAGCAUAUAAAACAACAGCUAGCCUAAAUCCAGUAACAAAUAUAUAUACUUUAUUUCAAGCACUUAAAGUGUCAUAUUUUCAAGUGUUUGGUGAAUAUGAUUUGGAAACCUUAACUGGGGAAACCUUGUUGGAUUCCUGUAAAGAAAGUAAAGUCAACUGUCCAGGAGGUUGGUCAAUCUGGUUGUCACCAAUUCUUUCUGGUGUUUAUGUAAUACUCACACAGGUUUUAUUACUGAAUCUUGUCAUUGCUAUGUUUGCAUCGACUUAUAUGAGAAUUGAAUCUGCAUCUACUAAAUAUUGGGCAUUACAAAGAUAUCAUAUAAUGGGGGAAUAUGUAGAUCGUCCACCGCUUCCACCUCCGCUGAAUUUAAUAUGGUAUAUUUAUUUAAUAAUUCGCUAUCUUGUCAAACGUUGUAAGAAACUGUCUAUAAAAAAUGAUCAUCCAUUCAAAAAAUCCUAUGAACCGGGAUCACCCCAAGAGGUUCGACUUAUACAUUGGGAAAGAUUACGUUUCUGGGAUUACGAUAGAUAUGUUAUACAAGGGAAAAAGCGUAAACAUAAAGUUGGUGAACGAUUGGUCAAUGUAAGAACCACUGUAAUGCAAAUGGGUAGAGGUCCUGACACAUCAUCGGAAGUAGCCACAGCCAUACAAACCUAUUAUCAAACAACACAAGAUUAUUUGACAAGAGUUGAAACAAAAGCAGACCGACUUCUAGUAGUUGAAGAGAAAGUUGAUAAAUUGUUAAAGUUAUUCAAAGAAUUCAAAAGUACACCGACAGUUCAAGAUGGCCUAUCUAAAACAGGAGCCAGUAUGGAUAAAUCUCCUGGUUCAAGGCUUGAAAGAAUUCUUGCAGAACAAGGAAAACAGGGUACAGAGUACUCUCGUUCCAAAUCCGCCGAAGAAACCGUAUCGAAAGUGAUACAAACAACUAAAAGUAGUCAGUUAGUUGUUUUUGAAAAGCAAUGGCAUAGAUUUGCAGCAUUUGUACCACCAACAGCAGAUCGUACACCACGUCUGUUUCCAGAUCCUAUACCAUGGGAUAAGAAAAUACAGAAACCACUGUAUUUGGGCUGGAAACCACCAGUUUAUAUAAUUGAAGGGUGGAGUGAACCAAAUGACUACGAAAAGCUGUCAGAGGAAAGAAAACUUGAAUUACAAUCAUCAUCUAUUUCCUUACCAACGGACCUGGGGAAUGGCCUUCCAAAAAAAUCCUGUUCAAGUGAUCAAACAAGUGGACCAAGUGAUGUAACAACUAGUUCUUUUAAAUUUAUAGCCUAUAAACAUCUAUUAGGUUCACAAUUACCAUGGCUUUUGGUUCAACACCCUUCUGGUUGUAAACCAGAAACGUGUACAAAAGAAAUAAUUGAGUCUAUCAUACACAGCCUCAGUUCUUCAGGAAGCAGUGCAAAGGUUAAGCAGAUUCCCCCAACUAUAAUACAUACCGGAUAUUUGGAUGAUGCAAUCAAUACAGACCAUGCUUGGAUUGAACCGACUGCAGUACACAUACACAUUCGUAAUUCACAUUCAUAUAACGACACAUUUUUACAGCUUUUCUCCGUAGAAGGAGUUACGUUUACAUGGUUAGAUUCAACAGAUAAAGCAGGCAUGAGGACAAGUCAUCAGAAAAUACUUCAACAAACCGAAAAAAUAAUGAGAUCAUGGAAAAGAGAAUCAUCAAAACCCAGAAAAGAAGUUAAAUUUGAGAAAAGUACAUACGAAUAG